GGUUUUUGUGCAAAUUCAUGUGCGUUAUUGUUCAUCACAUCAUAAGUGAUGACUGACAUCAUUUUGACAUAAAUUGCAUGUUUAAAAUGACGGUUACGAAUUGAGUGCACUGAAUGCACCCAACAAAGUGAGUGCACCAAAGACGCUAUCAUGAAGAAAUUAUUAAUAUUAUGCAACAGUAUUAUUAACAAUCUGAAUACACUUGAUUACAACAUUUUAUAACUACAGUGUUGAUUUGGCUUUGUAAAUUCCCUUCUGUUUUACAUAUACUAUCUUAGUCCUUAAGUUGGAACUAAUUAGCAUAAGCAGAUAGGGGUCUAGACUCUAAAAUCAACCAGGCUGUUCCGGCCCAAUGUAUACUAGGCUUGUGUAUGAUCCCUUUGGGUUGGGCUGAGAAACCACGCCGACCCAAGGAAAGGGUCUCAACUCUCAAGCCUGUGUUUUCCCGGGAAAAUGGGAUUUUUUCUUUGUUUUCAUAGCCGAACUAGAGGCUGAACCAGAAAAAGUUAGUGAUUUACGGUUGAAUGGUUAACCGUUAUAAAAUUGUUGGUUAACUGUUUAUAGAACAGUUCAUGAUAUAAAACAUAUAAGAUUUGUAUAUUACACUAAUUUCAUAAUGAAGUUAUCAUUUAUCAUAAAUAAUUUCAAAUUCAUAUCAUCACCUCUAAUAAAUCAUUCAAACUGUUUCACAAAAGAAAUCAUAAUUUUUUAAAUUCAUGUUAAAAAUUAGCCUGCUAGUCGGUAGUGCACCACAUAAAGUCGACAACAAGGUUGGGAAAUGAGAAGAAGAAGCAUAUAUCAAAUUAAUAAUUAUGGUUUGAUGGUCUUAGUUUACAUGAAAGUACUUUUUAAAAAUUGUGUGAUUAAAAUAGCAAAUCAGUGGACCAGCUAAACCGUUGUGGUUCACUUGGUUUUAUAUUGAACUGUGAAAAACCGUUUGGUCCUUCAAUAACAGUCUAAGCAAUGAACCGGAUCGCUAUAUUAACUGGUUUGUCGAUUCUACUGGCCCUGGGGUUGCAUGAGUAUGGGUGUUACAGAUAUGAUACAAAAACAAAAAAAAAACAUGAAUUAUUGAAGAAAAGAAGAAAAGAUUAUUAAAAGAAGAGAGAGAUAACACCAUAAAUAGAUCAUUAACUAAUUUUUUUUGUUUCUAAAAAAAUUAUUCAUUUUGACAACUUGUGAACUCUCCAAAUGUUUAUGUGGCAAGAAAUUGUUUUUGAACCGUAAGAUAAGAUAAAAUAAAAUAAGAUUAUAGAGGGAUUUAACUGUUCUACGUCUAAUUUGAUUUUCCCAAUAAGUCGCAAGUACUAUUCUUAUACACUCAUAUUUCUCAUUUUUUGUCGUUAUUUAUGACAAAUUCGCCUUGGUUAUCCAUUUAGGAAAUCAUUAGAAACAAAAGUCAAAUUGCAAUUAGCCACCGUUUCCGUGACCAAACUGACCACCGCAUUCCUCCAUCCCAACCAACCCGAAAAUCGCACUUUAUUAUCACUACAAAACCCGACAGUGAUCCAUUUUUCCUCCGGCGAGAGCGAGAGAGCAAAAUCGAGCUACGGCAAAAAUGGCGAGAGACAUAGACGAUCUGCCAAAACAACCGGCCAAUUACACCGCCUUGACUCCGCUUUGGUUCCUGGAAAGAGCCGCCACCGUCCACCCCAACCGAACCGCCGUCGUCCAUGGAUCGCAGCGCUACACUUGGCUCCACACUUACCGCCGCUGCCGCCGAUUGGCCUCCGCACUUUCCCGCCACUCCAUCGGCGCCGGCGCCACGGUUGCGAUCAUUGCGCCCAACGUACCCGCGAUGUACGAGUCCCAUUUCGGGGUUCCGAUGUCAGGAGCUGUAUUGAACACGGUCAACAUCCGUCUCAACCCCCAGACCAUAGCUUUCCUGCUGGGUCACUCAGAAUCAGCAGUCGUGAUGGUCGACCAGGAGUUCUUCAAACUAGCCGAGGAUGCCUUGAAAAUACUCUCCGAGACAAAAACGAGCUACAACCCGCUCUUGAUCGUGAUAGCUGAUCCAAGCUGCGAAGCGAGUUCUCUGAAAUAUGCUCUGGGGAAAGGGGCGGUGGAGUACGAGGAGUUCUUGGAAAGUGGUGACCCUGAGUUUGCUUGGAAGCCACCGGAGGAUGAGUGGCAAAGCAUUGCGUUAGGGUAUACUUCUGGGACGACGGCGAGCCCCAAGGGGGUCGUGUUGAGCCAUAGAGGGGCUUAUUUGAUGUCGUUGAGUGGGGCGAUGAUUUGGGGGUUGAAUGAAGCUGCUGUGUAUUUGUGGACCUUGCCCAUGUUUCAUUGCAAUGGGUGGUGUUAUACUUGGUCGCUUGCUGCUCUUUGCGGGACUAACAUAUGCCUUAGACAGGUGACAGCGAAGGCAGUCUAUCAAGCCAUAGCCAACCAAGGCGUGACACACUUCUCCGCUGCACCAGUUGUCCUCAACACCAUCGUGAACUCUCCAAAGGAAGACGCCAUCCAUCCUCUACCUCGACUCGUCCAUGUCAGCACAGCUGGUGCUGCUCCUCCUCCUUCUGUGCUCUUUGCCAUGGCCGAAAGAGGCUUCCGUGUAACCCACACAUACGGUCUUUCCGAAACCUAUGGCCCAUCAACAGUCAACGCAUGGAAGCCUGAGUGGGACUCUGAGCCUCCCAUAGCUCAAGCGCGCCUCAACGCACGUCAGGGCGUCCGAUACAUCGGCCUUGAAGGCCUCGACGUCGUGGACCCCAAGACCAUGAACCCGGUCCCACCAGAUGGCAAAACACUUGGUGAGAUCGUGAUGCGUGGGAAUUUAGUUAUGAAGGGUUACUUGAAGAACAAGAAGGCCAACGAGGAAGCGUUUGCCGGAGGUUGGUUCCAUUCCGGUGACUUGGGGGUCAAGCAUCCAGACAACUACAUAGAAAUCAAGGACAGGUCAAAGGACGUGAUCAUAUCCGGCGGUGAGAACAUAAGUAGUGUCGAGGUUGAGAAUGUUUUGUACGGUCACCCGAAGGUGUUUGAGGUUUCUGUGGUGGCGAGAGAGGACGAGAGGUGGGGGGAAUCGCCAUGUGCUUUCGUGACAUUGAAGGAAGGAGUGAAAAAGGAGGAUGAAGAACGGUUGGCUGUGGAGAUCAUCAAGUUCUGUAAGGAGAAGAUGCCUGCUUACUGGGUGCCGAAGUCUGUGGUGUUUGGUCCUUUGCCGAAGACCGCCACGGGGAAGAUCCAGAAGCAUGUGUUGAGAGCUAAAGCCAAAGAGAUGGGUCCAGUGAAGAAGAGCAGAUUGUGAGGGACCUGAAAGCUGUGGAGACGUUUGAUGACAACGACGAUAAAAAUGAGGUACACAAAACUCUUGAGGCUGCUAAGAGAAAUGGUGAAAUGUGGAUAGAAUCGAAGGUGGAUAUGUAGCCAUGGGUGUUAAGCAAGCUUAUAUUUUAUCAUAAUGGCCAUUAUGGUCCCAAUAAAUAACCUUGGCCACUGGCUAGUGGUAGUUUACUAAGCUCAGUUGCGUGGUCUAAUCGUGUCGAUACAGAGUUUAAUGUUGAACGUGAUACAUCUAAGCGAGUUUGGGCGACCAUACCACAUCCACAUGUAUAGAGAUACUAUACAGUGUCUUAUAGUCCUUAGCCUCUAGUCUACUUCUGGCUCCCUUUUCUUGGGUAUCAUGUUUCUUUGUUUUUUGGUCAUUUCUUCUUCUUUCUGUUUUGGAAUGUAGAAAGAUGGACAAACAUGUCCAACUCAUGAUGUUGGGUAUUUCGUUGUGGCUAUAUCGUCUCUUUGUGGUUCAGACUGCAGAAAGAUUUCCAAUGCCUGGCGUUGGUUCUUGGAUAUCACGUUGUGGCCCAGAUGAUUCCAUACUUUCACUUGUCUGGUUGCUUCAGAAUCUUUAGGCGUACAUCUUACUUCAUAGUGUUACCGGCGCCAGAAACCAAUUUGCUGCUGUUGAGCAACUUGCUUGUCAUUUUCUCUGUGUAACCUUAGUUUCUAUAUUUGUUUAAUACGAAAUUAUCGUCCGAUUAAUUGUUAGA